UCCCGGAAGACGUGUCGUAUCGUUAAAGCUGUCUGUGCGCGUGCGGUGAUACUACUUGCCAAAUAACUCGAUUAUUUUCAAUUCAUUUCAUUCAGUAAUUUAUUUUUCAUCAUGUCCGCUAGAAAUCCAGGAAUGGAUCUUGAUCUUGAAUGGGUGUUGAAAGUCAGAGUCAACACUCAGGCUGUUCUUAAACGAGCUCAGCAGAUCCAGGGAGGCAAAGUGGCUAAAAAACAGUGGCAGGCUGCCUGGCUGCUAAAGGCUGUCACGUGCAUUGAUCUGACAACACUCGCUGGUGACGAUACACCUUCCAAUGUCCAUCGACUCUGUAUGAAGGCCACACAGCCGAUCCGUCAUGAUCUGCUGAAGAGCAUGGACAUGCACGACAAAGGAAUCACGACUGCAGCAGUCUGUGUGUACCCGUCACGGGUGGCUGAUGCUGUGAAGUCUCUUAAAGCAGCCAACUCUAGUCUUCCUGUUGCAUCUGUGGCCACUGGUUUCCCUGCUGGACAAACGCCAUUGAAGACCCGUCUUGAGGAGGUACAGAUGGCCGUGGAGGAUGGUGCUACAGAGAUCGAUAUUGUCAUAAACCGGACUUUGGCACUCACUGGGCAGUGGAGAGCUCUCUACGAUGAGAUCCGACAGUUCAGAGAGGCCUGUGGAGACGCCCAUAUGAAGACCAUCCUGGCAGUGGGAGAGCUGGGAACCUUCACAAACGUCUACAAGGCCAGUCUGGUGUCCAUGAUGGCGGGAUCUGACUUCAUCAAAACUUCAACUGGCAAGGAGUCUGUCAAUGCCACUUACCCCGUUGCCAUAGUAAUGGUGCGGGCCAUCCGUGACUACUGCUUAAGGACAGGCUAUAAGGUGGGUUUCAAGCCCGCGGGAGGCAUCCGUACGGCGCAGGAGUCCCUGGUGUGGCUGACCCUGAUGAAGGAAGAGCUUGGAGACGAGUGGCUCAGUCCUCACCUUUUCCGACUGGGGGCGAGUAGCCUGUUAGCUGACAUCGAACGGCAGAUUUACCAUUACGUGACUGGACGCUAUCCUGCAUAUCAUGAACUUCCUAUGGCCUGAAUCUGUGCAAAAUCAGGGGAGAUUUGUGCCAAUGAAAACUGUUCAGAUCAGCCAGUGAUGUAGUGGAAAGACGUCAUACCUGUUUAUGUGGUCAAUUAUAAAGAAAAGUCACCCAAAAAUGAAAAUUAUGGCAUUUAUUCAGUUGUUUCAAACCUG